CAGCACCUUUUCUUGCUAGUUUUUUUUCCCUUCCAAAUAUGACAUUUACUAUAAUUAGUAGCAUAGCAACCUGCUUUUAUUUUCAAGUUAAGAGAUAUUAACCUAUUAAUAGUAAAAAAACAACAAAAAGAUGAAACUUCUAAUGUUGACACCCCAUUAACAACCUCGUUCCUCAAAGCGAUUCUUAGUUUUAACAUAUUUCAAACUGUUACAGGUAUUAUGUUGUGCAUCAUUUCCUUACAUCGUGAUUCAUUAAACAUCCAACAACUCCUUAGAAUAUUUUCUUGUUUUGAAUUUACACAAGAGGCGAAAGAUGAUGAUGGUUCAUUGUUAUUGUUGUUAUUCUAUUUGUAGAGAACAUCUAUGGUUUUACAAAUUAUAAGUCUCUUUUGUAUAACAACCAUUAUAGGACAAAGAAGAUCAAAUUCAAUCCUCUAAGAACAUCAUAAAUAUUUGCAGGCUCAAUCUUGAAUUGUUGUGUAAGUUUUAUAGUCAAUGCCAAUGCCAUUGAGCAUUCCAGAGCCACCACCAACGGAGAAUGCUUCAAAGGAUAAAGUCACUAAUAAAGACGCCUCUCAGAAUUUUGCUACCUAUGUCUAUCAAGCAAAAGUAGCAGAAUCAUUUCGCAGUGUAUCCGUGACAUGGUGCAAGAACACUACAGAACACUUUGUUUCCAUGAGCGUGGAAAAACCUUUUGACGAAAACAAACUUACAUGCAAGAUUGAUUUAGAAUCCGGACAAUCUUGGGGGAAAAAGGGUCUAAAAUCCUUUGAAAUAGAAGGUGCAAGAGUAGAUAUUUUUUGGGAUUUUCGACACGCAAAAUUCUCCAUGAAUCCACAACCUUGCUCGGGCUACUAUGUUGCCUUGGUUUACAAGAAAGAGGUACUUUUGUUACUUGGAGAUUUAGAGAAUGAUGCUUAUACAAGAACCAAAUCAAAACCAUCUUUAGAAGAAGCUACCUUGUUAAGCAAAAAAGAGAAUGUGCAUGGGAAGAAGCUAUUUUGUACAAGAGCCAUGUUGGAAGAGGGUAAACCAGAACAUGAUGUUGUGAUUGAGACUUCCCUUUCCGGGCCUGAUGAUCCAGAAAUGUGGAUUAGCAUAGAUGGGAUGUUGGCCAGUAGAAUAAUGAACUUGAAUUGGAAAUUUAGAGGAAAUGAAAUAGUUAUGGUGAAUAAUUUACCUGUCCAAAUCUUUUGGGAUGUGCAUGAUUGGUUAUUCAAUGACAUUGGUUCAGGCCCUGCCUUGUUUAUUUUCAAGCCAGGAUUUUUGGAACAUACCAAUGAUCCUAAUAGCAGAGAAUGGACAGAAAGAAGUGAAGGUAGUAGCAAAUAUGACUUAAUAGAAGAGAAUCCAUCCACCGGAAGUUUUUUUCAUUUUCUAUAUGCUUGGAGAACUGAUUAAAAUUCAUUGUUAUUGUUGCUUUCUUUUUUUGGUAGUAAAAUUUUUACUUUCAUACAUUAUCUUCUUCGUCAGCAUAUGAGCUAGAGUUAUUAAAAGUAUUGUUUCAAGUCCACUUAUUUUUUAAGAAUUU